GUCUGACAAGGAAAAUAUCUGAGCGCACCAACAACCUGAAAUAGAUUUGAGACUCUCUGUACUCUGUGUCCUGCAGAAAACUAUUAGACCAAUGAGCACUGUGAGAGGACUGCAUAAAUCUGCAGUGGAAGUCUUUAACUACCCAGCCCAUGAGGACACAGUCACAGCCAGCUUUGGGAGGUUCAUCAGUGAAGUAAAGCCUCAGCACUUGUCCCCUGUAGUCCUCCACCGCAGUAAAAGGAUGGUGCUGGACAGCGUUGGAGUUGGUCUGAUUGGCAGCACGACAGAUGUGUUUGAACUGGCCCUGCAGCACUGCCAGAACAUGUACGCCCCUGAUGACAUCAGCUCUGUGUACGGACGCAAGGGCACCAGGCUCUCCCCGACACUGGCAGCUUUUGUUAAUGGAGUGGCAACUCACUCCAUGGACUUUGAUGAUACAUGGCACCCUGCCACUCAUCCCUCAGGAGCAGUCCUUCCUGCUGUGUUAGCUCUCAGUGACAUGAUGCCUGCUAAUAGCAAACCUAGUGGCCUGGACUUCCUGCUGGCUUUCAAUGUCGGCAUAGAGAUCCAGGGCCGGCUGAUGAGGUUCUCUAAUGAGGCCCACAACAUCCCCAAGAGGUUUCACCCUCCCACUGUGGUGGGGACUAUGGGAAGUGCAGCAGCCUGUGCUCACCUCUUGUCCUUGGAUCACUCCCGCAGCAGUCAUGCUUUGGCCAUUGCUGCCUCUCUGUCUGGAGCCCCAAUGGCUAAUGCUGCCACUCAGUCCAAACCCCUCCACAUCGGUAAUGCCUCACGUUUGGGGCUGGAGGCCGCUCUCCUGGCCUCUCGAGGCCUAGAGGCGAGUCCACUGGUCCUUGAUGCUGUCCCAGGCGUAGCCGGCUUCAAUGCUUUUUAUGAAGACUACGUGCCGCAGCCUUUGGGGUCACCUGAUGAUAAUGGCCAUAUGUUCCUGUUAGAGGAACAGGACAUGGGUUUCAAGCGCUUCCCCGCACAUCUGGGGAUGCACUGGGUGGCAGAUGCUGCAGCCUCGGUCCAUAAGCUUCUUGUGGGGGGUGACCAUGGCACUGUGUCCCCAGCUGAAGUUCAGGAGAUCCUGCUCAGAGUCCCCCAAUCAAAAUACAUCAACAGGCCUUUCCCUGAAUCUGAGCACCAGGCACGUCACUCUUUUCAGUUCAAUGCUUGCAGCGCUCUCCUGGAUGGCGAGGUGACUGUGCAGUCCUUCACCCCCGCUGCUAUGAUGCGCCCUGACCUGCUAGCUCUGCUGGGCCGUGUUCUUGUGGAGCAUCCCCACGACAACCCAGCUAAUUUCAACCGCAUGUAUGCCGAAGUCCAGGUGACACUUGUUGGGGGAGACAUCCUGAGGGGACGCUGUGACACCUUCUACGGUCACUGGCGCAACCCACUGACCAAUGAGAGUCUGAGGAAGAAGUUCAGGAACAACGCAGGGGCCGUGCUUCCGUCAGAGAGGGUUGAGAGGCUGAUUGAAGUUUUGGAGGAGCUGGACAGACUUGGGGACUGCACCCACCUUCUCUCACAGCUGCAGUGA